AUUUAGAUCUUUCGACUUUUGCUAUAAUACGACGGAUUAUGGACCCGAAACUUGUCAGAACUUUUAUGGUUUCCGCCGAAGACCUUUCGUCUAGUGAGACUUCUUUGAUUGUAUUCGACAUUUUUCAAAGUAUUAAAACCAGAAAGGCUUCAUUUAUUUCUUUAGUACAAGCACUUGGCGAUUACCUGACUAAUGAAGACGCGUCAAUUCGAGCUAAAG